AUGCCGCAAGGACAGCCCAUUGACCGAGCCCGCCGUCAACUCCGGAAAGGCACCUUCAGUUGUCUGGAGUGUAAGCGGCGGAAGAAACGAUGUCGCUUUGAUCACUCUUCCGCGACCAUCUGCGUGUCAUGUCAACGCUUUGGUACUACCUGCCGCGGUCAAGAAUUCGAAGAAACGGGUAGCGAGGGCAUAAAUGAGCGCAUCCGCCGUGUCGAGGGCCUAGUGGAGCAGCUCGAAGGCCUGGUCGAGCAGAGAGGCUGCAAUGCGUUGACCUUGCCAAAGAGGCGAGGAGGCAGUAGGCCGCGUCUCACGCCUUCUACUUCGCCAGCGCCAACAUCAGUCCCUCCACAUCCGGGCGAAGGACUGUUGUCCAGAUGCAUCUCCCUGAGCAGCUACCUGCACGCCGUCCUCCCCGUACCGGCAGUAGCAGCGCAGAUCAUCAUUCAAGGCAAAUCACCCUUCACCUGGAUGUGGCGCUCCGUUGGUUUCAAUCCUAGUUCGGUCGCGGAACAAGCUACACAGAGUGCAUGGCUGUCCCCAAAUACGAACCCGGUGGUGCUGGCACGCAAGCUGGUCCAGCUGGCUUUGUGUUUGAUACAGCCCAGCUUCAGCUCCUCGGAAGACGCUCCUCUUAGCAUGUCCAGUAAGACGAUCGAAGAGACCGCCUUGGGCUACAUUCGUACUGCUCAGCAAGUCACGAACCAGGACUAUUUGGUCCGCUCUGUGGAUGGAUUGGAGGCUCUACUACUGGAGGCUCUAUAUCAAAUGCAUAUCGGCAACAUGGCGGUUGGAGGUCACAUCUUCCGUCGAGCUCUUGACGUUGCGCAGAUCAUGGGCUUCAACAGGCUUCCUGCAGACGCGGAUCUCAGGGUCAGGUACCUAUGGUUUCGCCUGGCCUUUGCGAAUCAAUGGCACGCCUUAGCCCUCGGACAGCCAUCCGCUAUCCGCAAUGGUGGGAUAGACGCGUUUGCAUCUUCUUUAAGCGACAAGCCGACGCAGAGAUUGGACGAGGAACAUAUUGGUUUGGCUGGCCGCAUUAUAUCUCGGAACGUGAGGAUGACGAAGUCUAAUAACCACUGGCAGGCUCAGGAGAGCAUCUCGGCGGACCACAUAGAGACUGGACAGAUCGAUGAGCGACUUAAGCAAGCCGCUCGCUCUGUCUCACUGACUUGGUGGGCCUUGCCGGACGCACAUGGCACAACGGAUCUUGAAGGCAUCGAAGCAUCCGCGAGACUGAUGACACAAAUUCAUCAAAAUUACCUUGUGGUAUUGGCUCAUCAGCCAUACGUCAUACAAGCAUUACACAACUCCUCGAAUGCAGGCAGACUCAUGGACAAUUGUAAAACCAACGCCCUGUACAGUAUCCAAGCCAGCCUCGAAGCGAGUCGAGCUAUCCUCACCAGACUGACCCGCUUCCUGGAAUUCCCGCACAUACCAGCCUCGCUCAAAGGCCUCGAGCACAAGAUUUGCUUGGCAGCUUCGACUGUACUGUUAGUCUACUUACACAUACAUGUGGUGGGCAACCCCGACGCAUUGGAGCACCAGCGACUUUCUGAUGUAAACCUUGUCCUGGAGACGGUAUCGCAACUGGAGAAAGUUCAAGCAGGAUACGAGGCCGAUGCGGAGGGCAACGAUCUCAAAACCCUGCGAGAUCUCAUUGGCUUGGAUCAAGCGGCUGCGGAUGGCGCUAUCCCCACGUUCUGGAGUGAAUGGUGCGGUGGUGGUCACCGCAUGGGUCAGGAUGGCGAUGAAAGCGGCGAGGUCAGCUUGCCGUACCCCUACUUUGGAAGGAUCACUAUCUUCGUACGCUGGAUUGCACCAGGACUAAGCUGA